AUGACAUCGUCCACUGCAGAAGCCGCCUCCGUCAAGGCAGGCGCUCCCCCACCGAUUGCGAUUGUCGGGAUGGGGAUGCGCCUGCCUGGCGGGGUACGCACUGCGGAUGAUUUCUGGGAUGUCCUCAUCGACCAGAAAGAUUGCUCCUCCGAAGUCCCCAAAACUCGCUAUAAUAUCGACGCAUUCUACGACCCGGAUAAGCCUCAGUCCGUGAGAACGAGGCGGGGAUAUUUCCUCGAGGAGGACUACUUGGAGAAGGCCGAUACGAAUUUCCUUCAAUGGAUUCCGGGAUUUAAUACGAGCGAACUAGAUCCUCAGCAGAGGUUGUUGAUGGAAGUUGUCUGGGAGUGUAUGGAAAAUGCGGGACAGACCGGGUGGCGCGGCAAGGACAUUGGAUGCUACGUCGGUGUAUUUGGGGAGGACUGGCACGAAUUGACUGCAAAGGAGACGCAGAUGAUCUCUCGGACUCAUGUCUUUGCCAACGGAAGGUUUGCACUGUCAAAUCGGGUGUCAUUUGAGUUCGACCUAAAGGGACCCAGCGCUCUCCAUGAAGCCUGCCAGGCACUUCAAACAGGCAGCUGCUCAUCCGCCAUUGUGGCCGGAACCAACAUGCUUCUCACCCCGUCCAUGAGCGUGACGAUGUCUGACAACAUGGUCCUCUCGCCUGAUGGGCUGUGCAAGACAUUUGACGCGAACGCAAAUGGUUAUGCGCGCGGCGAAGCUGUAAAUGCUGUCUAUAUUAAGACCCUGGAAGAGGCAAUAGCAGACGGCGAUCCUAUCCGCGCCGUUAUCCGCGCCACAUCGGCCAACUAUGACGGUAGAACGGCAAAGAUUUUCGCACCAGAUAUUGCCGGUCAAGAGCGGCUUAUUAGAAAGGCCUACGAGCGAGCGCAGAUUGACAACAUCGCAGAAACGGCUUUUGUGGAGUGCCAUGGCACGGGCACCAGACGGGGAGACAUGGUCGAGGCUACGGCGAUUGCUCAGACUUUCCAUCCGCACGGCGUUCAUAUUGGAUCGGUGAAAACAAACUUUGGUCAUGCCGAGGGCGCCUCUGGCCUUACCGCCGUUAUUAAGGCUGUUCUGGCUCUGGAGCAUCGGAUGAUUCCCCCAAAUAUGCAUUUCCGACAACCGAAUCCUUACAUCCCCUUCCAGGAAGCGCGACUCAAAGUUCCAGUCGAGCCCACCCCGUGGCCGGAGAACCGAAAGGAACGAGUCAGUGUCAACGGCUUUGGUGUAGGCGGAGCUAAUGCUCAUGCUAUCCUAGAAUCUGCAUCAAGCAUCGUAUCUGUGGAACCCAAACAGGAGCCGAGGCGAGGACUGGCUCCUCGACUUCUGGUUUGCUCCGCUCAUAGCAAGACAGCCUUGGACGCCCGAAUGAAUGCAAUUAAAUCUUACUUGGCUUUUAGACCGCAGGCUCUGGCCGACGUUGCAUAUACACUUGGGGUUCGUCGUGAUCACCUGUCUCAUAGGUCGUUUACUAUUGUCAACAGUGACGGCGAGAUCCUAGAUGAGGAAGCCAAAUCAUGCCAUGUUGCCAACACAUCGCUAUCCCCUUCACUGGUAUUCGCCUUCAGUGGACAAGGAGCUCAGUGGGCUGGAAUGGGGGUUGAGCUCAUUCGAACAUUCCCCAGCUUUCAGCGAGAUAUACAACUCAUGGACCAGAUCCUGCAACAGCUACAGUCUCCUCCAGCAUGGAGUAUAGAAGACCAGCUAGGAAAGCCACCAGGGCUCAGUCAAAUUGACAUUCCGGAGAUUUCCCAGACACUCUCUGCUGCCAUUCAAAUUGCCCUGGUCAACCUUCUCAAGGACUGGGAAAUCUCUCCGUCAGCCGUUGUAGGUCACUCUAGCGGCGAGGUGAUCGCGGCGUAUGCGGCGAAGGCCAUUUCACUUCGUACGGCUAUCAUACUAGCAUACCUACGUGGACAAUGCGUGUCCAACGCUCCUUCCUCAGGUGGCAUGGUAGCCGUUGGGAUGGAUGAAGCGUCCGUCAAGUCCUAUCUUUCUGAAGGGGUAGUUGUCGCAUGCGAGAAUAGCCUCCAGAGCGUUACCCUAUCCGGGGAAAAGACAAGGUUGGCCUUAGUGGUAGACAGGAUCAAGGCGGACAAGCCAGAAACAUUUAUACGAUAUGUUCCAGUACCUGUGGCGUACCAUUCGCCCGACAUGCGACCAGCCGCAGCCCUUCUCGAGUCACAAGUCGCCCCCUUUCUCGAACAUAAUGAGUCAAUGCUGCCCAUGUACUCCACUGUCACUGGCAAGGUAAUAUCAGACCCGGCUGCCCUCGAUGCAGGGCAUUGGCGGAAAAACCUUGAACUCCCUGUUCUGUUUUCGACUGCGGUGGAUGGUGUCCUGGCCGAGAGUCCUGCGCACAGAAAGAUCUUCCUCGAGAUUGGAUCUCAUUCCGUUCUUUCGGGGCCACUCCGCCAAAUUUUCACGCACAAGUCGAGUGAUAGUGUCUAUAUUUCCACCCUCAUCAAGUCAGAGAGCGAGACGUGCUGCCUACUCAAGACAGCGGGCCAGCUGUAUCUUCAUGGGCACACUGUGGAUUUUCAGGCUAUAAAUGGGAAAGGAGACAUCGUUACUAACCUGCCUGCAUAUCCCUGGGACAGAAAGAGCUUAAACUGGCAGGAAAGCCGUCUGAGCCGUAACUGGAGGUUUCGCGCGUUUCCGAAUCAUGAGCUCUUGGGUUCGCGAAUGCUGGAGGCAAGUGAUCUCGAACCGGGAUGGAGGAACGUGCUGGACACCGGAAACGUGCCGUGGCUGCUGGAUCAUCGUGUGUCGAGGGAGGUUUUGUUUCCGUGCGCCGGGUACAUUUCCAUGAUUCACGAAGCCAUGCGUCAGCUCUCGAACAACGACGACUGCACCAUUCAAAACCUUUCCAUGCAGGUUCCGUUGAUUCUGCCACGGUCAGACACUAUCGAACUUGUUACAACGGCAAGACACGUCAGAGUCAAUGAUCGCGUAGAAUCUGAAUGGUAUGAGUUCUCCAUAAUGUCGUAUAACGGGACCGAAUGGAUCAGACAUGCCGUUGGUCGAGCGAAAUCCGGCGUCAACAAGGUUGAUUCUGAACUACGUGUGCCACAAGACUUCCCUCGGCGCGUUUCAUCCGAGCUAUGGUAUCGGACGCUGGAAAGGGUAGGAUUAAAUUAUGGGCCUACUUUCCGAGGACUACAAGAUAUCACUGCCGACCCUUCAAGGUGUGUGGCUGCAGCUUCGAUGCGCGGCCGCCAAGAUGGCAAGGCUGUCCAUCCGACGGUAAUCGAUAAGUGUCUGCAAUUAUUCACCGUAGCUGCAUGCAAGGGCAGAGCAGUGCACAUGACCAGACUCUAUGUGCCCAUGUUUGUGGGAGAGGUUCAACUCGGUUUGGGUCAGGAAACCAUGAGAGCGGAAGCGACGAUCAGCAAUCGCACAGCAGAACUGGGUAACGGGAGUGUGCGGUUGACGGCCAUGGACCAACAAGAUGCAUCUAUCAAGCAAGUACUUUCAAUGGUGGACGUCACGGUUGCCCCGCUCGACGGCAAUGUGAGGGCAGCCAACGAGGAAGACAUUCCUUUAGCAUCACACGCAGAAUGGCGCCCUGAUAUUGAUCUCCUGAACGAGCAACAGCUACCGCUACGCUACUCCCAGUCUACUGAGGCUGGCUUUGCUCUGAUUUCCAAACUGUCUGCACUGUCUAUUAUUCAGGUGCAUCGACGGAUUGCCGAUGUGACACCACUUUCACCGUCUUUAGAACAAUACCAAAAGUUUAUCAGUACUCAGAUUGCAGAAAUCCAGCGAGAAGCUUUUUGCGGGGUUCCUGAAGCUGCAUCGUGGCUCAAGCUCUCGGAUGAAGCAUUACAGCGCCAGCGGGCCGCUCUGAAUGAGGAGCUCCGAACAAACAAUUUGGGAUUUGUUUCCUCGCCGAGUAACUGGGUCUUGGAAACCGUUCGGGAUAUCGUGGACGGUUCGCUGCCGCCGUCGGCUUUUCCUUCUGCCAUACGGGAGCAGAUAUGGCAGUGUGAAAGCUUGGUUUCUUCGAUGAGUGAUCUGUCUGACUGGUUUGGCCUUCUCCGGCACUCCAAUCCGUUGCUACGGAUCCUCCAUAUCGCUGAGGGAAAGGGAGUGGUAUCCCGUCAGGUCCUUGAGCAUCUCAAUUCUGAGCAUCUCCCACUCUACUCGAAGUAUACAUACACGAGCACGAAAGAUAUCAGCUCAGCCGUAGAUGAACGCCUCAAAGUCUUCAGGGCAGUGAAAUUCAAGAAUCUGGAUAUAACUAUGGAUCCCUUUCAGCAAGGCUUUAAAGGAGCGUAUGACUUGGUUAUAGUUUCAAAUACGAACGUUCCCCGUUCUCAGCUGCAAACUGCUCUUCAAAAUAUUAAAAGGCUUCUUGUCCCCGGAGGCCGAGUUCUGAUUCAUAUACCAAAUACUGUGCUUUCUAUGAUGAGAUACAUCACGGGUCUCCUGGAUAACCAAGAAGUGGAAUCCUGCGGUGCAUCACCUUGUCGCGACCAAUGGGUGGAAACACUACUGCAGGUCGGACUCGAUCAAAUCCAGGGUACGCAAGGCGAACACACUUACUGCAACCUGACUGCUCGUCUGCCGCUUCCGAUUAAGAACCAUAACGAGCUCAUCUACCUUCUUUGUUCGAGCCUGGUCCAUAAUAACGCCUGGAUCUGCAAUGUGGAAGCACAGUUCGAGAGAAUGGGCUAUCAAACCCAGCGUUGCACCCUGGGCGCUGACUUCACAAACAAACAGCGCGUCGUAUCGCUGCUAGAUGUUCAAAAGCCAUUCUUCAAGAAUAUUAGUGAGACGAGCUGGAAGUCAUUCCAGUCGCUCGUCGCGGCUGCGCCCCGGAUCCUUUGGGUAACGCCAUCCGUCGAGCUCACUUGUCAGAAUCCCGACUUCGCGAUUGCCCUUGGGGUGUCUCGCACGGCCCGUCAGGAACAAGACUUGCAUUUUGGGACGUUGCAGAUCGAUGAGUUCCAUGCUUCGGCAGCAGCGGCACUGGUGAAGGUCACUGAAAAGUUUUUCUCGCAGCUGGAUUGCCAAACCGGCGUGCCUGAUCCCGAAUACGAAUUCGCAUUGCAGGGGGGCCAGGUAUACAUUCCACGUUUCCAAUGGUCUCGGUUGCAAGAUCGACUUUAUCAGGAACCUUUACCAAGUGCUUCUGUCAAAAUUGAUAUUAAGGCCUAUGGGUUGAUAGAGUCUCUUUGUUGGUGUGAAGAUGAACCACAGCCUCUGGGACCAGACGAUGUCGAGGUGGAUAUAAAAUAUGUUGGACUCAAUUUCCGCGAUAUAAUGAUUUCAAUGGGGUUUCUAGAGCACAAGGGCCAGCUGGGGAUUGAGGCCAGUGGAAUCAUACGGCGAUGCGGCAAGAACAUUGCACAGUUACAACCUGGUGACAGAGUCGUUGUCGCCCAGCCUGGACUGUUUCGCACACGGGCUAUCGUGCCCUCCUUACGAUGCCUGUGUAUAUCGCCGUCAAUGUCGCUAGAAGAGGGCGCAUCCAUUGCUGUUGUUUUCCCAACAGCACUUUAUUGUCUCAUGGAUAUUGCAAGGCUAGAGAAGGGACAGUCUGUAUUGAUCCACGCGGCAUGCGGAGGGGUCGGACUGGCCGCUAUUCAAGUGUGCCAGAUGAUCGGUGCCGAGAUAUAUGCGACGGCAGGAAGCGAAGCAAAGGCAGACUAUCUGGUCCACAAUAUGGGAAUUCCGCGCCAGCGAAUUUUCAACUCGCGCGACAAUUCUUUUCUGCCGGCUUUGAUGAGUGCGACCCAAGGCCGGGGAGUUGAUGUCGUUCUUAACUCACUGGCUGGGGAGCUACUGCAUGCAUCCUGGAAAUGCGUGGCAGAAUUCGGUAAGAUGAUUGAAAUCGGCAAGAGAGACUUUCUCGAACACGGCAGGCUUGACAUGGAGGCGUUUGGCGGUAACAGAGCCUUCUUCGGGGUCGAUCUAAUUCGCCUUGGGGAAAAGCCAGGCUUGGUUUCAAGACUUGUCGCCCAAGCCAUAACCCUAUAUGAACAGGGCCGCAUCACCCCCGUGCGGCCGCUUGAAGUUGUGGGAGCAACUGAUAUCCACAGGGCUUUCCGACUGAUGCAAUUGGGGCAUCACAUGGGUAAAUUAGUGGUCAAGAUGCCAGAGCGCCCCAGCGAAGUGGACAUUUCCAAGUCACGUUUGAAGGUGGCUCUGCAGGACGAUGUCUCUUAUCUUCUCGUCGGAGGUCUCGGAGGAGUAGGACGAGCUCUGGCAACCAUGAUGGUAGAGCGCGGCGCUCGUCACUUCAUAUUCCUGUCUAGGUCAGCGGGAAAGUCCGCGCAGGAUCAAGCGUUCCGGUGUGAAUUGGAGGCCCAGGGAUGCAACGCAGUCAUGAUUCAAGGAGAUGUCGGAGUACGCGACGAUGUCAAGGCCGCAAUCCAACGCAGUAGUCAGCCCAUUGGAGGCGUGCUGCAACUGUCAAUGGUCCUUCGGGACCACUUUAUCCCAGAUAUGGCGCACUCUGACUGGAAGGAGGGUCUCUCCGCCAAAGUGGCGGGCACUUGGAAUCUUCAUGAAGCACUGAAAGGAUACGAUAGCCGUCUUCAAUUUUUCGUCGUCUGUGGAUCUGUUACCGGCGUCAUGGGUAAUGCUGGUCAGGUCAACUACUCGUCCGCCAAUGCGUUUUUGACAUCAUUUGCCCAGUACCGACUCCGUGCCGGUCUUCCCGCCUCCGUCGUAAAUCUGGGGGCCGUGGGUGAGGUGGGCCAUUUAGCGAUCCAGGACCAGAAGUUGCGAGACAGGAUGCAGGCAGCCCAUGUUCGCCUCCUAAGCGAACAGGAGGUGCUUGAUGCAUUUGAGAUUGCCAUGCUCGAGUGUCAACCAUCGAGCAUGCCGGCGAAUGAAUCUUCCGACGACAUUCUGCGCGUCCGAAACGAUGUUAUCGUGGGCAUGAGUAGCACAGAAUCUCUGGCGAACCCCUCCGUCCGCCCGCUCUGGGGACGAGACGCAAGAUUCAGCGUCUAUGCCAAUUUAGACAUCAACAAACGGCCCCUCUUGAAGAACCUGGACAUAGUAGAGGGCCUGCAACAAGCACUCGCGGCAUUCGAAAAGAAUCCGGACCGGCUGAAAGACCCAGCACUGCCGAAACAAAUAGUGAGGGAGGUUGUCAGGGGCAUACAGGAAUAUUCGAAUUUUGCCCGCGGGCAAGACUAUGCACAGGUGGCUGCUCUGCCUAUUGAUUCCUUGAUGACUGUGGAGUUCCGCAACUGGUCCCGCCGCUAUCUCAAUAUGAACCUCCCCUUGACAGCGAUUGCCAAAGCCGGCACCGUGGAGGGAUUUGCUGAAUUGAUUGUGGAUUCGUUUCGCUCGAAGUAUCUCAAGCAAUGA